UGAUCAGUUGCCUACUGUACAUGCCUCCAUCAGGAUUGACACUCCAGCCAACUGAGCCACACUGGCCAGGGCUCAUAUAUAGUUUUUAUUGUACCAUUUGAAAAUAAGUUUCAGGCAUUGUGACACUUCAUUAGCAUUAUCUGCUAAGAUCAUUUUCUAUGUAACCAUAAUACCAUUAUCAUAUCUUGAAUUACUUUCUUCAGUUAGUUUUAUUGUCUUCUUAGGUCUCUUUUGCUGUUUCUUCUUCAUCUUCCUGAUCUCUAAACAGUGGUGUAUCCACAGCUCCAUCAUUGGACCUCUUCUCUUCUCUCUACACACGUACAUGGUAGGUCAUUCCAUAACUCCAAGGCUCUAAAUACUAUUUAUAUUCUCGUGACUACCACUUUCUCUCUCUCGACCCAAUCUGUCCUCUGAACUCGAGACUCCUAUAUUCAAUUGCUUCAUGGUCUUUGUUACAAAACAUUUGCAUACAUUAAUUUGAGCCUCACAACAGUGGCAGGGUGACUAUAGUAUCUGCAUUUUAUAAGUGAUAGAGGGGUUUAGAGAUAGUAAAUGACUUGCCCAAAGUCACGUGAAGCUUAGCUUUUCUGACUCCUACAUAGUACACAUUGUGCCACCGUGAGGUGUGACCAGCAGGGAGUGGCAGGCAUAUUUGUUGAAUGGGUGAUGAUCCAGAUUAUGGUAGGUAUUCAGUAAAUGUCAAGUUAUACUAGUGAAAAUUAACGAUGUCACCCUGCCUAGAGGUCUCUAGUUUCCUUUUUCCCGUCACCUCCCCUCGGGGCUCCCCUCAGAGACCCUCUUUCCAAUGAACUCCGUCACCUUUAGUCAAGACUCACAAAGAGCGGAAUCCACGUCUCCUCAGGCAGGUGCUCAGAUGAGGGCUUAAGAAGGAAGGGUCCUCUUUUGAGAUACAGCUCAAGAGACCUAACAGUUUCGCCCUCCCACCUCAGGCCUUCCUCGGGUCCUGGAGUGGCGAGGCUGUACUGCCCCUCUUCCCCGCCCCCAUGUGGCAGGACUGCACUUGUUCUGGAGUAGAGACCUGUGAGCCUCUGCUCUCAGGUUCUGCUGGCUUUGGCCCCGGCAAUCAUCACACUAGCGCCCCCUCCCCUCUCUCCUCUCUUCGCCCCGCCCCUGUCUCCGGCUCCGCCCACAGCCCUGGACACAGGGUAAACAGCCCAGAGCCUCUGCUCAAAGGGAAACAAGAGAGACAGCCUGUGUUCCCAUGGCUAUGGCCAGCACCUUCAUACCCGGGCUGAACCCUCAGAAUCCUCAUUAUAUCCCCGGGUAAGACUUCUACCCAGAGCACAGCCCUGCGUGCUUCCGGGAAGCGGGGUUUAGGGAUAUAGGAGUUGUGCACCUAGACCUUGGGGGCCAAGUGGACACACCUGUACAGCAGGCCCAGGGCUGGGAUAUCUAUGGUGUUGGAUAGAAAAUGAAAAGCAAGGAAUAGUAGCUGGGCCGGCCACAAAGCUCUGUGUUGUCUUUUCCAUGGUAACAGGGUAGCAGCAGAGGGAAAUGGCUGCUCCAAAUAUACAACCAGCCGAGUCCAGAAAAGAUCAGGGCUUCAGAGCUCUCUGCUUCUGUCCCUGGGGAGGGUGGGCAGGGGGAAUCUAGAGCUGAGUGGGUGAGUCCUGUGCUACAGGUACACUGGACACUGCCCACUGCUUCGGUUCAGCAUGGGCCAGACCUAUGGGCAGAUGACCGGUCAGCUACUCCGGGGAGCUCCUGGCAUAGCCUGGCCCCCUGCCCAUCGCAUACUUCUGCCUCCCAUUCGGCCUCCAAGAUCUCCCGAGGUUCCUCGUGGAAGCCUGCCUGUCGGGCGUGGGCACAAAAGGCUCAGUUCCAGCAUGAUCCCUGGGUACACAGGUUUUAUCCCCCAGGCACAGUUCAUCUUUGCCAAGAACUGCAGCCAGGUCUGGGCUGAGGCUCUGAAUGAUUUUACUCAGUGGCACGGAGAACAAGGGAGACAGGAGCUGUCAAAGCAGGUCAAGGGAGAAGAUGUGGAGGAAGACCAAGAAUCAGAGCCAAAGCCGAAGCCAGAGCUGGAGGCGCAGGGGGCAGAGCUGGGGCAGGAGGCAGGACAAGCUUCCCCCUAUUCCAUGGAUGACGGAGAUCCUCACAAGUUCUUCAUGUCAGCUUUCCUGUGCUCACCAACCAGGCGCUGCAGGAAUUUGGACAGAUGUGCUCACAGGGCAAACCCCAGAAGGAUCUCAAACAUCUCCCCCCACUUUCAAGGACCUACCCUCAGAACCUGGGUCUUUUGCCUAACUAUGGGGGCUAUGUGCCAGGAUAUAAGUUCCAGUUUGGCCGCACAUAUGGGCAUCUCACCCACGAUGCUCUGGGCCUCAGCACCAUCCAGAAGCAGCUUGUGGCAUAGGUACCUGGACUUCAAAUUCUUUCGUCCCUUUUCAUGUAUCCCAGCCAUGCUUUUGGAAGAGAGAGAGAUGGGCUGGAGGGUAGGGGGAGGCACAAAGAGAAUGGUUUGGAGGCCAAGCACCUUUUUUAUUAAUAGGUGUAAUAAAUAAAUAAAUAAAUACAUAAACAGAA